GGGUUCAAAGCCCCUAGUGAGAGUGAUUUGAGGGGACCCAUUUUGUCUCAAAUGGUGGAUGAUGUGAAAAAGGAUUUAGAUGAACAACGCCACAUAUGGAGCACUAAAGGUUGCACCAUCAUGACUGAUGGUUGGACGGAUAGGAGAAAUAGAACUCUCCUUAAUUUUCUUGUUUCUUCCGCAGGGGGCACCGUUUUCAUCAAGUCCAUUGAUGCCUCUGCCCAUUGCAAGAAUGCCACCUACCUAUGUGAGCAGAUAGAGGAGGUGAUUGAAGAUGUGGGUGAGGAGAAUGUGGUACAGGUGGUGACCGACAAUGCAGCAAAUUAUGUUGCUGCGGGUAGACUAUUGAUGGAGAGGCACCCAUCUAUAGUUUGGACUCCAUGUGCUGCUCAUUGCAUUGACCUCAUGUUGGAGGAUAUUGGAAAAAUCCCAUGGGUCAAGAGAUGUGUAGAAAGGGCAAGAAAUGUCUGCAAAUUUGUAUAUAAUCAUUCAUGGGUGUUGGCUCUUAUGAGACAAUACACAGAGCAGAAGGAGUUGCAUCGUCCAGGAAUCACAAGAUUUGCCACAAACUUCCUCACAUUGCAGUCCAUGCUUAGGUCUAAGCCUGCCUUGAGACGUAUGAUUGUUGGUGAGGAGUGGUCUUCCUCAUCCUAUGCUACCACCCCUGCAGGGAUAGAGAUGGCAGACUGCAUUUUUGAUGAGCAAGGCUUUUGGGUCCCUUGUGAUGAGAUAGUGAAGUUUGUUAAGCCCUUGGUGGUUUUGUUGCGAGUUGCGGAUGGAGAUAAGCCCGCAAUGGGCUAUAUAUAUGAGGGCAUGGAUAGGGCGAAGGAGGCCAUCAAAUUCGUCUAUGGAGCAGAUGAGAGCAAGUAUGGUCCCAUUUGGGAGAUCAUUGAUAGGAGAUGACAUCAUCAGCUACAU